UCCCUUCGCACAUUGGAAUUAUUGACCAUACUUUCAGCAUAUGGGCAACAUCUGCUCCCCACAUGACCAGUUGACAUGAUGCAAGGGGAGCAGUGGCCAAUCAUUGGCUGCAGCAGUGUCAAACCAGAAGUUUACAUGGAGGGACCAGAGACAAGUAUCAGAGGCCAAGAGUGAACAAGCCAGGACCCAGCAAUGGGGAUCAGUUUUCAGAUGUACAUGGUCCAGUGUACAGCAUCUAUCUAGGAUUUAUGCCAGCUGUCGUUGUCCGAGGACUUAAAGACCUCAAAGAAGUUCUUGUGACUAGGGGUGUUGAGUUUGCAGACAGGCCUCAGAACAGGCUUUCAGAACUCAUCUCAGGGAGAAAAGGACUGGUUGUUGCCCCGUAUGGACGGAGAUGGAAGGAGCACAGACGCUUUACCCUAUCUACUCUAAGAAACUUUGGCCUAGGCAAAAGGUCUAUGGAGGAGCGAAUUUGUGAGGAGAGUGCACACCUAAUUGAAGAACUUAAAAAAAAUAAAGAUUCUUUAUAUGAUCCACACUAUGUACUUGAAAAUGCUGCGUCUAACAUAAUUUGUUCCAUUGUGUUUGGGAGACGCUAUGAGUAUGAUGAUUUAACAUUUCAAAAUAUUCUUAAUCUUUUGCGUGAAAACACGAAAAUGGCAACUCAAUUGUGGGCUCAGCUCUACAAUGCAUUUGGAUUCAUCAGACAUCUUCCCUUACCGCAUCAGAAGAUUUUAAGAAAUGUAAAAACUAUUUUUGAGUAUCUCAGGAAGGAUUUAGAAGAGCACAAGAGAACCAGGGUGCCUGAGCAACCCAGAGACUACAUAGACUGCUAUUUAGAUGAAAUGGACAAGGAGCAAAGAGAUGAUAACAAGUCAACUUUUGAGGAGGAAAACCUGUUUUUAUGUGUAGUAGAUCUUUUUGUUGCUGGCACAGAGACCACAUCUGCCAGCUUAGAUUGGUGUCUUCUUUAUAUGAUGCUGUGUCCAGAUAUUCAAGAAAAAUGUAGGGAAGAAAUAGACAAGAUUCGAGGAAAGAGAGACCAUGUUGACUACGAGGACAGAGUGAACAUGCCAUACACACAGGCUGUUUUACAAGAAGUACAACGCUUCUCCUCAGUUGUUCCACUAGGAGUUGCUCACGCAACUAUAAAAGAUGUACAAUUAAAUGGCUUUACUAUCCCAAAAGGAACAACAAUUAUCACAGAUCUGACUUCAUUGCAUUAUGAUGAGAGUCAAUGGAAGUAUCCAUAUGAUUUUAAUCCUGAGAACUUUCUGGACAAGAAUGGAGAGCUUCAAAAAGUAGACUCCUUUCUACCAUUCUCAGCAGGGCCCCGAGUUUGUCUUGGGGAGAAUCUUGCACGUAUGGAAAUAUUUCUAUUUUUCACUAGUCUGCUGAGACACUUUGAAUUCCGCCUGCCAGACCUCAAGUCUCCUCCAGACGCCACACCAGUUUUUGGAAUUUCUCAGGUUCCUAAGCGGUUUAAGAUGUGGCUGGUGCAACGUGCAUAGAUUCAAUGAUCUGCAGAAAAACAAAAGCAAGGAAUUCAAAUAAAAAUCUUCAGCCUACAUGUGCAUGGACUUUUGCACAACUUAUAGAUAUUCAUUUAUAUAUUUCUAGGACAUAUGUGUGCAUAAUAUGUACUAUUUGUGAAUGAUUUUACUAAUGUAAAGUGUAUGUUUGUUUCCUUUUUUGUAAUUUUGCAAAAAUUUGCCUGAAAUUAGUAAAUAUACUUAAAAGCCAAUAAAAUAUUAGAUUUUGUUGAAUAUUGUUAUUUACAUAUAAGCUGAAGGGUAAAGUAUCGGGAUCAUAUAUGUUUUUCACUGUAUCAUCCAAUCAAAUCUAAGUAGUUUAUAUCUAUUGGGAUAUGCUUU